GUUGUCAGCAGAUUCCAGGUUUGAAUGCGACGAACGCUGAUUGGCUCGAUCGUUGGUCGCAAAUCCCAGUGCAUUUCGACCUCGGAACGGCAUCAAUUCGCCUCAAAUCUCCAAACACUUGGAACGACGUAUUCUCUUCUUCUUUCCUUCUCUCAACUCUCCCCUCUUCUCUGGUGUGCAUUUGUCUGCCAACAUGUCUUCAAUCGCCAUGCGAAGGUUGGCGAAUGGUCCUUCGGUACGUCUUCCCCGCUCGGAUGAAAACUCAUAUGGCAAUAGCUGCUAAUUUGUCAUAAUCCAGUUUUCAAAGGCAUUGAAGAACCAAUCGAGAUAUUUUUCUGCAACCCGACCGGCUGGUAUGCCGUAUGAUGAAUUCCUCAAAGGCAUCAGCGAACUGACGGCAAUAUAGCACGCAUAAUUACACACGCCCCUCUGAGGGCAAAAGAGGCAUCUCCCUUCCUAAGCAACAAGUAUCCCGUUAUUGUACGUCACCGUCCGCCCCACUCCCUCUGCUCAGUUCUUAACCAUAUUGCAGGAACACGAAUAUGAUGCGAUCGUCGUCGGUGCUGGAGGAGCAGGUCUGCGAGCAGCAUUCGGUCUCGCGGAAGCCGGAUUCAACACUGCGUGUAUAUCAAAACUUUUCCCAACACGAAGUCAUACCGUUGCUGCACAGGGUGGAAUCAAUGCGGCUCUAGGAAAUAUGCAUGAGGAUGACUGGAGAUGGCACAUGUACGACACUGUGAAGGGUUCAGAUUGGCUCGGAGACCAAGAUGCUAUUCAUUAUAUGACCAGAGAGGCACCUCAGUCUGUUAUCGAAUUAGAAAACUAUGGAUGUCCUUUUUCGAGAACGGAAGAUGGCAAGAUGUAAGUACCCAUCCGAUAUAUAUUCAGACUUCUGCUAACUGGGCAAGCUACCAACGUGCAUUCGGAGGUCAAUCACAAAAAUACGGAAAGGGUGGACAGGCAUACAGAUGUUGUGCGGCAGCAGAUCGAACCGGACAUGCUCUUCUUCACACUCUAUACGGCCAAUCUCUAAGACACAACACGAAUUACUUCAUCGAGUACUUUGCUCUUGAUUUGAUUAUGGAGGAUGGAGAAUGCAAGGGUGUUCUUGCCUACAACCAAGAAGAUGGUACUCUUCACCGAUUUCGAGCACACAACACUGUUUUGGCAACCGGUGGUUACGGACGAGCAUACUUCAGCUGUACAUCCGCGCAUACCUGUACUGGUGAUGGAAUGGCUAUGGUUGCACGUGCCGGCCUUCCUAACCAGGAUCUGGAGUUCGUUCAAUUCCACCCCACUGGCAUUUAUGGAGCUGGAUGCCUGAUCACCGAAGGAUCUCGUGGAGAAGGUGGAUAUCUCCUCAAUUCUGAGGGUGAGCGAUUUAUGGAGCGUUAUGCCCCAACCGCCAAGGACUUGGCCAGUCGUGACGUCGUUUCUCGAUCGAUGACUAUGGAAAUCCGUGAAGGUCGUGGUGUUGGCCCUGAUAAGGAUCAUCUAUACCUUCAACUCAGUCAUUUACCACCAGAGGUCCUCGCCGAACGUCUGCCUGGUAUUUCAGAGACUGCUUCCAUUUUCUCGGGUGUCGACGUUCGAACACAACCAAUUCCAGUACUUCCAACCGUUCAUUAUAAUAUGGGUGGUAUUCCUACAAAAUACACUGGAGAAGUCAUCACCCUUGAUAGCCAAGGCCAAGACAAAGUUGUACCGGGUCUUUUCGCUUGCGGAGAGGCUGCAUGCGUAUCAGUGCACGGUGCCAACCGGCUCGGCGCCAACUCUCUCCUGGAUUUGAUUGUCUUUGGUCGUGCUGUUUCUCACACUGUUCGCGAUAAGUUCGAGCCAGGCAUGCCUCACAAGGAUAUUAGCGCUGAUGCUGGUGCCGAAUCCAUCCAAGUCCUCGACCAAAUCCGAACGGCUGAUGGACCAAAGAGUACACAUGAAAUCCGUCUUGCCAUGCAGAAGGUCAUGCAGACUGAUGUCAGUGUCUUCCGUACGCAAGAGAGUUUGGAUGAGGGUGUUCAAAAGAUCAAUGCUGUUGACCAGACCUUCAAGGAUGUUGGAACUAAGGAUCGAAGUAUGAUCUGGAAUUCUGACUUGGUUGAGACGUUGGAAUUGAGAAAUCUGUUAACCUGCGCGUAAGUUUCAUCUCCAUAUCCUCCACUCUGCCCAUAUAUUUACUUUGUUCUAGUGUCCAAACCGCCGAAUCAGCCGCAGCAAGAAAGGAAUCUCGUGGUGCACACGCCCGUGAGGAUUACCCAGACAGAAAUGACGAUGAGUGGAUGAAGCACACCUUGUCAUACCAGAAGAAACCUCACGGCAAGACUGAGCUCUCAUACAGAGCCGUAGUUGCCAAUACCCUGGAUGAGAACGAGUGCAAGGCUAUCCCACCUUUCAAGCGUGUGUAUUAG